AUGUUGGACUCAGAUCCAUCCACGUCAGCCCACGGUGGUGGAGCCCACAGGUUUUUGUACCAACAGAUUUCACUGUGGGACCAGAUCUUUGGUUCUGGGACUAAACUGUAUGUAACAGGUGAUCGGCCGUUGAAACCUGUGGUGGACGUGUACCAGGCGGCGUCCACAGCCCACCUGGACGGGAAGACCUCCCUGCUGUGUGUGGCCUCAGGCAUGUUUCCUCCUGAGGUCCGGUUCUCCUGGAAAAGACUGAAGGGCAACGGAGCUGUAGAGGAUCUGCCCGACGCUGAGGGAGAACAGCUGGAGGUCCAAGAGUCUGGACGCAGAACCGCCAUCAGGACCGUCCAUCACAACCACCGCAGCUCAGAUAAAUACUGGUGCAUGGUCCAGCACGAGGGGGGGAUGGUGAUGGCCCAGACCCAACAAGACGUUCCAGCUCUUCCACCAACCCCAACAGUCCCACCCACUCCUGGUCCUCCUGGUCCUCCUGGUCCUCCUGUCCAGCCCUGGGACUCCCAGCGUCUGCCUUGUCUGUUUUACUCAGUUCUGAUAAUGAAGAGUCUGCUUUACUGCUGUGGACUCUGUGUAAGGAGUCUAAUGUAGAACAUCCACCUGCUCCACAUGAAGGAUUUACGUCAGAUUCUAAUAUUCAUCCAAAUAUUGUCCAACCAAUUCUUCUGUUAUUUGUUUCAGUGGUUUUUAUUUGUGUCUCAGCUCUGAUACAUAUUAUUUUUGCUUUAUAUUUGACUAACAUCAGUAUCUUCCAUGAGUCCCAGGAAAUAGUUUUGGCUUUUUUUAGAUGAAAUCAUUGUCUUGA